UUGGUUUAAUCCUUAUCCGCUCCAAACGGCAAUGCCUACGCUUUUCACUACUGCCUGCUUCCCCGACCCUGUCUUCAGAUAAGAAACAAAGACACGCAGAGCUGAAACAUGUAUGUCCUUCCGUGCGCGCACGCACAGAUUCAGCCCUACAUUUUCAUGUCUGAUAAACACCCACUUAGCACUACCCAAUCCAAAUAUUCCCGUAAUCUUCGAAUUAACACCAGGCUGGCUGGUGAAUUGGACCGCCGAGUGUUCGAUGAAAUACCUGUUUCAGACACGCGCACAUUUGCUUGGAACAAUCUUAUCCAAACCCACCUCGCUAAUGAAGAUUUCCACCUUGUCAUUUCAACUUACCGACAAAUGCUGCUCCGGGGUACUGCGCGUCCCGAUAGGCGCACCCUACCUCGCGUUUUGACUGCUUCUUGGCGUUCCGGCGAUAUAUUUAUCGGCAAACAAGUCCAUGGGCACGCUCUCAAGCUUGGCUUUUCUUCCGACCACUAUGUAGUUACUGCUUUGAUCGAAAUGUAUGGCCGUCUUGAUAGCGUUGAUAUCGCGAGGUGGGUUUUCGAGAAGUCCCCUCAUAGGAAUCCCGUUUCUUGGACUCUGCUAGCCAGGUUGUACAUCAAGCAAAACAAACCCGGUCUGGCUAUUGAUAUAUUUAAGCAAAUGGUUGACUCAGGGGAUGAGAUAGAUUCGGUGGCGUUGGCAACGGCAGUUGGUGCCUGUGGCAUGUUAAAAUCGCUGCAACAAGGCAGGAAGCUCCACCGGAUUGCUAGGAAAUGUGGAUUGGAGUUUGACGCGUUGGUCAGCAAUACCCUCUUGAAAAUGUACAUCGAUUGUGGCAGUAUUAAAGAUGCUCGGGCAAUUUUUGUUGGAAUACCAUCAAAAGAUGUCAUUUCAUGGACGGCACUUAUUAAUGGGUAUGUGAAGAAAGGAGGAUUCAAUGAGGGUCUUAAAUUAUUUCGGCAGAUGAAUAUGGAGGGAUUGGUAAAACCUGAUUCUCUCACAUUCUCUAGCGUUCUACCAGCCUGUGCAAGAAUGGCGGCGCACAAGCAUGGCAAAGAAAUUCAUGGCUACCUGCUUAGAAGCGGUAUCGACUUGAAUCUCAUGGUCCAGAAUGCUGUUAUGGACAUGUAUGUGAAAUCAGGAUUCAUCGAAUAUGCUUCAAGGAUUUUUACGAGGAUGAAGCAUAAAGAUGUGGUUUCAUGGACUGUGAUGAUAUUGGGCUAUAGUUUACAUGGACAAGGAGAGCAGGGAGUUCAUUUGUUCUGCACGAUGGAGAGGAAGUCGAGCAUACAUAUAGAUCAAGUCAUAUAUGCUGCUGUCCUCCAUGCUUGUAGCACGGCACGCAUGGUUGAACAAGGAAAGUUCUAUUUCAGCUGCAUCAAGGCACCUAAAGUCGCAGACUAUUCUUUAAUGGUUGGUCUUCUAGCUCGCGCUGGGCUGUUCGAUGAGGCAAGGAUCUUUAUUGAGGAACGAAAGGUUGAAAGGCAUGCGGAGGUUCUGAAAGCACUGCUAGAUGGCUGCAGAAACCACCAACAAUUAGUAUUAGGUAAGCGAGUCAUUGAGCAGCUCUGCGAUUUGGAGCCUCUUAAUGCCGACAACUAUGUGCUACUCUCUAACUGGUAUGCUAACAGCGAAAGAUGGGUGAUGGUUGAUAAAUUGAGGCAAACAGUAAGAGACAUGGGUUUGAAUCCUAAGAAAGCUUAUAGUUGGAUAGAGUUCCGAAACAAAGUUCACGUCUUUGGCACGGGGGAUGUAUCCCACCCAAGAUCAGAGAGAAUAUAUGGGGAAUUACAGUGUUUGCUAAAGAAAAUAGAAGACCAAGGAUAUCGGCCUAAUCCAGAUUUUAGUCUCCAUGAUGUGGAGGAAGAGCGAGAGUGCAUUCAAAUUGGGCAUAGUGAAAUGUUGGCCAUUUCUUUUGGGCUCGUCACCACACAACCGAGUGCAACAAUUCGCGUAACUAAAAACCUCCGUGUGUGUCGCAAUUGCCAUGAUUCUGCAAAGCUUAUAUCCAAGACAGUAGGACGAGAAAUCAUACUUAAGGAUUUAAAUUAUUUCCAUCAUUUUAAGGAUGGAUUUUGUUCAUGUGGCGAUUUUUGGUGAUUUUUUUUUUUGUU